CUGCUGUCAAGUACAGAUUACAGUUGAAAGAAAUAUUAAUUUUUUCAAUUAAUAACAACUAUGGAAGCUAGUCUUAAACCAGUUACCCCAUCUUUUUUCAAGAAUAUAUUGAAUAGUUUUCAUUUCCAAUAUUAUAAAAGGUCUUUAGCCCAUUGCAAAUUUAUCGGUGAAUUAUUCAAACAAGGGGCUUUUACCGAAAAAAAUAUACUGUCGUUCAUUCACGAAUUGAUGAAAGUAAAAGAUAUUCUGAAUAUUCAUUGCUUAUGUAUAAUAUUACAAAUAGCAGGACAAAAAUUAUCAAAAACUCAUAAUUUGGACGGUAUAGUACAUCAUAUUUUAUUAUUUAAAAAUGAAAACACUGUCCUCAUAAAAAUGUCACCAACUCUUCAGUCUUUGAUAUUCAAAAUACAAAACUUGCAUUUAAAAUGUUGGAUACAUGAAGAACCUCUUAAGUUAAUUGAGGACAAUGAACAAUAUAUUUCCUUUGAAAAUUUGCCGGAGCAAUUAAAAAAACUAUAUGAUCUUAAAUCAUAUACAGUAAUGGCCCAAUGUAUUAUUGAUGAAUGUAUGGCUGUUCUUAACGGUUUUAACAAGAUAAAUAUUAAUAUUGUUAUUAUGAAGAAGAAUAAUAAAUAA